AUGACCAAACGACGGGCAAGCAACAAAAAGCCAACGGGAUUGAACAAAUCCCUUGGCAAUUCUCUCAGCAACGAUCGAGAAAAGACGAGGAAAAGCCACCAGCGCGCAAAAUACGACGGUAACGAAAUCGAAAACCCGGCGUUCAUGGAGCACGAGGUCAAUCACUACAUCGAUUCGGUAACCGACGAGACAAGCUUGGAGGAGUUUCUAGCAAAAGCAGAACUCGCUGGAACGGAAUUCACCGCUGAAAAGGAGCAAUUCAAAAUUAUAGAGAAAAACUCGGCCAUCGUCGUCCCAACCCGACUAGACUACCGCGCUAACCUCGAGCUCCAAAAGGAAAAUGAGCAUCGUCUUCGAAUCCCAAGGAGACCUGCGAAGGAACUUUGGGAGAACAUGGAUGAGCUCACCCGAUUAGAGAACGACGUGUUCCUUCAGUGGAGGUCCGACCUCAGCGAGCUGCAAGAGGUGGAUGGUCUAGUGCUGACACCGUUCGAGAGGAACCCAGACAUGUGGAGGGAACUGUGGAGAGUCAUCGAGAAGAGCGACAUCAUAGUGCAGAUUGUCGACGCCAGAAACCCACUGCUGUUCCGAAGCAAGGAUCUGGACGACUACGUCAAAGAAGUAGAUCCCGCAAAACAGAUUCUGCUCUUGGUCAACAAAGCGGACCUUCUAAAACCGGAUCAAUUGGCUAGCUGGAAAGAGUUCUUCAAAAAAGAGAACAUCAAUGUUAUCUUCUGGUCAGCGAUGGACGAUGUCCUGGAGACAAUCACAGAAGACGGCGAGGAAUCGGCAGUUCCAUCUACGUCAACCUCGGAUAUGUUCGUCACCAACAAAGAUGAACUGAUCGCGAAGUUCAAGGAGCUCGGACACGUUUCCGAUGAGCCAUCAGCCAAGCCAGUGAUGGUUGGAAUGGUUGGAUAUCCGAACGUCGGAAAGAGUUCCACGAUCAACAAACUUGCUGGAGGGAAGAAGGUGUCAGUAUCGGCGACGCCUGGAAAAACGAGACAUUUCCAGACAAUCCACAUAGACAGUCAACUGUGCUUGUGUGAUUGUCCUGGACUUGUCAUGCCAUCAUUCUCGUUCGGAAGAAGUGAGAUGUUCCUGAAUGGAAUUCUCCCUAUCGACCAAAUGAGGGAUCAUUUCGGGCCGACUUCACUGCUCCUCUCCAGAGUUCCCGUUCAUGUGAUUGAAGCCAUGUACUCUAUCAUGCUUCCGGAGAUGGAAAAUCCGUCAGCGAUCAAUUUGCUGAAUUCACUCGCCUUCAUGAGAGGAUUCAUGGCAUCGUCUGGCAUUCCGGAUUGUUCCAGAGCAGCUCGGCUGAUGUUCAAGGAUGUUGUUAAUGGAAAGCUGAUGUGGGCAGCAGCCCCUCCAGGUGUCGAUCAGGAAGAGUUUGACCGCUUGUCAUAUCCGGAGAGGAAGAAUCGGGACAUUGGUCGAGUGCAAAUGGAGAAGCUUGCCAAGCUUCAACUUCUUGAAGGUGAUGAGCUCAAAGGAUCCCAAUUCGACUCGCAACACUUUGCUGGUAACAUUGGAGUGGCUCAUGUUCGAGACUCCAAAGCCUUGCCUCAGCGGUUAGGCUCUGUUGUUCCUACGGUCCCAGUUCAAGCCAAUGGGAAGAAACACUUCAAAGGAAAGAAGGAUAAAUUGAGGAGGAUCUAUAAUGAAUAA